AUGGUUUCUUCUGGCGAGGUGCCCAGCCUGGUGACAUUUUCACUUUCUUACACUACAGAUCAUGACAUCAGAAGGAAAAAAUCGUCUGAACCUACCCCCAAAGUAGACAAGGCCAAGGAACUGGAAGAAGAGGAACUGGCGAAGCUCGUAGAACUGAAAGAAAAUUUAGGAGAUGAUUUACCCCCACAGUAUUCAGAUGCAGCACUACUCGGAUUCUUGAGGGCGAGAUCACUAAAUGUCAAAGAAGCGGAGAAACUUAUGAAACUUGAUGUGAAUGUGCUGCGGUUCCUAAGAAUACACGAAUACGAACUUCCCGAGGUGAGCAGGGCAUACAGCAUGUCUGGCAUCCUCGGCUAUGAUAAUGAAGGUUCCUUGGUUCGAGUGGUUAAUGUGGGUGACGCAGACUUUAAAGGUUUCGUUCAUUCCCUGUCGACCAUAGACGAAUUCCGAUUCUUCAUCUGGUUCUUCCACAAAGACGCUGAGCGCUUGAGAGCUGAAAACAAAAAAACAGGACGCAAGAACGGCCAAUUCGUGUACAUACUCAAUUUUGAACGCAUGAGCAUCGGUCAAUUAACCUAUAAGCCGACCCUUGAUACCGGCAUCAUAGCAUUGAAAUUACUGCAAGAUCAUUAUCAUGAUAUCGCUAAAGCUAUUUACGUCAUCAACACUCCUCCUUUCUUCUCCUCUGUCUACAAACUUAUAAAACCAGUGAUUCAAGAUUCCCUCAACAAAAGAAUGAAGAUAUACGGAUACGAUGGAUGGAAAGAAGAGUUGUUGAAGACCAUAGACCCUGAAAUUCUUCCCGUUUACCUCGGUGGAAGUCGUGUGGGUAAGGACGACGACCCUAACUGUUCCGACAUAAUCAGUUUUGGUGGUACCAUUCCCGAACACUUCUACUCCAACAACUUCCUGGACCUCGAAGACCCUGACGUGGUCACUGCAACCGUAGGUGCUGGAUCGACCCUCAACUUCCGGUUCGCUGUUCGCGAAGUCGGAACUAUAUUUCGGUGGCACAUUCAAGCGAAGGACAAUGACAUAGGAUUCGGUCUCAUGAGCGAAUCUCCGACAGCAGGUGAAUUGGAGCCGUUUGAAGGUGCAGGCGAAGAAAAAGAAGGAUAAGGACGAGGACAUCUCCAAAUUCGAGCCUCUGACUCCAGUCAUUCGCAGCCAGUGCCAUGUUUGCCCGGAAGUGGGAAGCACGAUCUUAUGGACAACCGGAAAUCUGGUCUUACACUUCGACAACACCUACAGCUGGAUGACAUCAAAGGACAUCGCCUUCAAAUCAUCUUGGAGCCUCCAGGAGAAUUGGGCAGGAACUACGUCAACGCCGCGCACCACGCUUCUAAAGCUAUUCAGGAUUUGA